AUGCCUCCCCGAAUGUUUCUUGACUACGUCCAUGUCCCACCUCGUGUUCACGGAGCUUCCAACCAACGACUCCCCACAACUUCCGACAAACAACUCCGCACGCAAGUUCGUCCUCAGAGAGGAACCAGGAACCAUACGGAGGCGCUCUUCUCAGACUGUGUGCUGGAGGACUCAGAGGAAAGCGACAGCUUCUCUCCCAUAGGCAUCAGCGAAGACCAUAGUGACAGUUCUGAUAUCCACCUUCCAGCCAGGAUCCAUGGCAAGCGAAAAGGAACAGCAGCCAAGCCUGAGGAAGGUACUACUUCUUCCAAACGCCAGAAGAAGACAGGCAGAGUGGUGCUUCCGACCCCCAUAAUAGUUCCUCCCGGCGCUUCAAGUUCAAACAAGCACAACCUGGCACUCGAUGCUGCCAGUGCUUUCACAUUCAAGUUUCUUGAUACACAUACUUGUGACUGUGCAACUCUGCCUGUUAAUCACCCCCAGAAACAAUGUAAUGUUUUACGUUACUUCGACCUUUAUUAUUCGUCGUCCCUCAACGCUAUAAUCUGCUACAAGCAUGGGUGCUUCGUUUUAAUGGAACGUUGGUUUAGUCACCUACAGCUUGUAAACAGAGAUGGGUCCCAUGCUCACAAGUGUACCGACCCUAAGGCCCGCAAAAAAGCAGAGCUCACUGCCAUGAAAGCCCAUGUGGAAGCAAGUUUUCAUCCGGCUGUUUCUGAGUCUGACAACGCCCUGGUCCUUCCUUCUCACUUGCAGGAUAUUUUACCCAUGGCGAUACUCUAUGAGGGUGAACGACCUCCGAUAUUGGCAAGAUACCCUUGUCCUGUUUCAGGGUGCAGCGCAUGGGUAGCAAUUAGCAAGAACAAAACAUCUGGCUAUGAACAUGAUCUCAACAAGCAUGUCGUCAAGGUGCACUGUUCAAAGCUCACAAAUUACCCUCAGAGGUCUAAAAUGCCAAUCUGGACUCAGAGGUUGAAGUUGGGACAAUCUACAUAUCACGUCUUUCAGCUGCCCAGCGGAUGGAGCCCUCCGACUCAAGCCCCAUCCUAUCCGCUCCCCACUAUAUCCCACCUCACUCAACUUUCUCAACAGAAUUUGUUACCGCCACCACCCCCACUACCGCCACAGGCCUCCUGGAUGCAUGAUCUAGGCUGGAGCUCUUACAGAGCAACCAUGCCGUGGACAGAUGCUUUUCUGAGGAGAGCCUUGGAACCCCCCAGCUUGUCUCUUGCUUCUCAGACACGAGGAAGUCUGAAGUGGCUUGAAUUGGGUCUUAACGUGAUCAGUGACACUCCUCCCCGUUAUCUUGCUAAUGCAAAUCUUUACCUCGAUCAUUGUCAUCCUCUUGUGCGUGUUGCGAUCAACUCGGGAAGUAAGUUGGGUGCAUUUAGGCCAUUAACCGCUAAUCGUUAUAAGCAAUAUGGAGCAUUUUUGACCCAGGCUGUAUCCAUGAUACUCAGAAUGGUGCACGAAAAGAUUGUCCUACAGGAAAAGCAAUCAGGGGGCAUUCUACCCUGCACGCAAACACAGCUAGAGGCUGCAGUGGGGCUCUAUCGGGUAAUCAUGGAAGGCAUGGGCACUUAUGAGGAGGACAAGCUUCUACCCAGUCUGCAUACUUUUCUGGAUUCACUGCUUCGUUCAGGGGAGAUGCCUACUCAACUAAUGUCCUUUCCCACUGAUCUUCUUCUUUUCUUUUCCAGCAUUCGCCCUGAUGGUGCUUAUUCGAUGGCGACUAUCGUAACAUCAAACUGCGCAGCUCUCCGAUACUGCUUACUGGCCAUUUUCACCCACGUCUCUAGAUGUAGUGCCACUGGUUUGAAAGACUUUGCUUGGUUUGAGAAACCCAAGCCCUCUAGCCCUUCAGAUAGUAGCGUUGAGGGAGAGAAGGGCCCAGACGCCGAUGGUACAGACUACAUCAGUGAACAAGCUUUGGGAUGUGAAAGCGAAGGUGCAGCUGAAGAGGAACUUUUCGACAGUCAAGCAUCACAAGAUGAUAGUAUAGAGGAGGAAGACAUAGAAGCUGUUCUGGAACGCAUCAUGGACGAUACCUAUGAGUCUGUCACUGCCAUUCCAAGUCGGCCAGAAGUUGAGGUUGACAAAGACGGCCACAGUGAGCUUCCUCAAGAUGAUGGAGAUCUAGGCCUCAUCUAUGAGAAGAUAGAAUCUUAUCUACAGAACACUAUACCAGGAGCAUCUAGAGGCUGCCAUGAUGGAGAAGUUGACAUGGAGACCAAGUCAGAGUCUCCGCUAAGUUUUAUCCACCAAGAGAUAGGGUGGGUCACCAGUCGAGACGAGCUCGAACGCUCUACGCCAUUCUCAAGAAUCCAUCGCGUAUGGGGAAAACUACACGGCACAACUCUCGACCAGCCUGGCUCACUUCACUUCAGCUCUUUGGGGGAUGGGUUCACUUGGGAUUUCCAGAGGCACCAGCAAGAGCCCCGGUCGGUUGACAUGCGCAAGUGGGCCUUGGCCUGUAGACUUGCUAUGGACGGUUUUCAAGCUAGCGUCAAAUGGCUUAGCCUUGAAUCCAAGGAGAUACACUCCAUAAAAAUUGAGGACAACAAACUCCGAGACGCUCCUCACAGACAGACUUCAAACUUGGAGCGGACGACGGUUGCUCAACGUGAUAUUUUUUCUAGAAUCCUUGCAAACGCGACGGACAAAGGGGGCGAUGUUGGUCAACAUCUGAAGUCAUGGCUGGCCGAGGAGCAGAAAGCCAUCGAAUUCCUGGCCAUCAUUCUCUGCCUUGCUGGUGGUGUUAGCUUUCGUGGCUGGCAACUGUCUCCUAUACUUUUCGACUGCUCUGGAGACCGUGAUAGAAACCUAUGGAUUGUUGACGGCUAUGUCUUAGUUUCUCACCCUAAAGCGAAGCAGCGCACACAAAAACAAGCACCUACCUUUCUGGCGUUCCCGUCGGCAAUCUCUUCUGAUAUUGCAUGCUACAUAGCAAUAAUCCGGCCAACUGCCUGCAUGGUCCUCAAGCACCUGGAGAUUGAUGACCCACAUCAUUCAGUCGUACUCUGGUCAGACCCAAUUCCGCCAGUGCCCAAAAUCUCCAGACGGUGUCCCAUUAUAUCUUGGAGUGGACAGGACAUAUCUCAUCGCUUGCAGAAAUUCACUAUGAGGGAAAUUGGAACCCCAAUAUCGCCGAUGCUGGCACGGCAAAUAUCGCAAGCCGUUAUUCGUGACAAAUUUCCCCGACUCUUCGAUGACCAUGUCCUAUCAAGCCCGCUGAUUGAGUAUGCCCACCGGUGCAGAUUUCCUCAUUGGCAAGACAUGGGCCCGGAGGUUGCUGUCCAGAUCCUAGCAGUCUCGCAAAUGUGGCAAGCGUUGCUGAAUCUUGAAUCCAGUACCAAUCAGCCAUGGUUAUCCGUGGUUGAAAAUUGCCGGAUAUUCCCAAGUGAGAUGGUCAAGAACUGGGAAGCGGCUUUCUUUAAAGCAACCAGAGUCAUAGACAAAGCAGGUGUUCGCGGCCUCCUCUCACUGUGGUCAAACAAGGAGUUACUGAAUAGUCAAGAAAGUCUUUCUGACUUGAUUGUCCCAGUCCUUGGACAUCUUCUAUUCGGUCUGGAAUCUAGGCCUGUUGACAUAGAUCUCCCUUUAUGGGGUCUUCACUCCAGGUCUGUGGCCAGGGUUUUGCAGAUGAUAAGACUAGCAGCCGACUCUACUUGCAAGGCUUCUCUCUCCGACAUUAAGACGCACCUAACUUCGGAAAAUGCCAAAAGCAUCUACCAAUCCGCUUUAAAGGAUGUCGAAGAUUUCAAACACUCAAAUGUGUGCAGAUGGGACAAACUCAGUAGAGAGGUAUAUUUGUUGCACCGUCACAGCUGCAUCACCCCGGCGGACACCUUAGAGAAGCCAAGCUCAUUGUCAAGCGUAAUUCACCUGAUCUCAGGUCUAGCUUAA